AUGGUCAAAGCAAAGAAGUUGUUACUCAAGUACGCCAAUGUUUUCUCGUCAAACGAAGCUGACAUAGGAAAGACUGGCUUAGUUCAACACAAAAUAAACACAGGACAAGAAUUACCUAUUCGUCAGCGGCCAAGAAGAUUGCCUGUAGCACGUGAAAAGGAAGUGGAAACCAUGAUUGAGGGAAUGGUGAAGGAUGGUGUUAUUGAACCUUCAUCUAGUCCAUGGUGUUCACCUGUGGUGCUGGUAAAGAAGAAAGACGGCAGCAUGCGGUUUUGUGUUGACUACCGCCGCCUGAACGACGUUACAAAGAAGGACAGCUAUCCCUUGCCAAGAAUUGAUGACACGCUGGACAUGAUUACAGGCGUAAAGUGGUUUAGUACGCUGGAUCUGAAAAGUGGCUACUGGCAGGUUGAAAUUGACCCUAAGGACAAGGAGAAAACUGCAUUCUCCACAGGAAAGGGUCUGUGGCAAUUUAAAGUCAUGCCGUUUGGAUUGUGCAAUGCUCCAGCAACGUUUGAAAGGUUGAUGGAGCUUGUACUUACCGGGCUAAUUGGAGAUGCCUGUCUGGUCUAUUUGGAUGACAUCAUCAUCGUAGGCCGUACGUUUGAGGAACACCUUCAAAACCUGGAACGCGUGCUCAUGAAGAUCCAGAGUGCCAUCCUCAAGUUGAGUCCAAAGAAGUGCUCACUAUUCAAACGGCAAGUUAGUUUUUUGGGGUAUGUAGUGUCGGAAGAAGGUAUCCGCACGGAUCCAGAGAAAAUUGCUGCUGUCAAGGAGUGGCCGGUCCCAAAAGACAAGACACAGGUUAGAGCAUUUUUGGGCUUGUGCUCUUAUUAUCGGCGAUUUGUGAAGAACUUUGCAGAUAUAGCCAAACCUCUGCACAAGCUAACCGAGGAGAAGCGACAAUUCUGCUGGGAUGAAAGUUGCGAUAUUGCAUUCCAGGAGCUCAAGAACCGCCUGUGCAAAACACCUAUUUUGGGGUACCCUGAUGCGAGCAAGGAAUUCAUAGUUGACACAGACGCAAGUGAUAUAGGACUUGGCGGUGUGUUGUCUCAACGGAUUGGUGAUCAAGAGAUUGUGAUAGCGUACUUCAGCAAGUCGUUGUCAAAGCCGGAAAGGAACUAUUGUGUCACAAGACGGGAAUCGCUUGCUGUGGUAAAGUCUUUGCAGCAUUUUAGCAAAUAUCUUCUAGGGCGGAAAUUCCACUUACGAACUGACCAUGCUGCACUGAAAUGGCUAUUGCAGUUCAAAAAUCCGGAAGGACAAGUUGCGAGAUGGAUAGAAUUACUGCAGGAAUACGACUUUGUGAUCGAACAUCGCAGCGGGAAAUCUCAUGGCAAUGCAGAUGCAUUGUCAAGAAGACCUUGCCCUGAAGAUUGCAAGCAUUGUAAUAGGCAAGAGGGUAAGGAAGUGGUAUCUGUGAGAAUGCUCAGGACAGACCAGCUCAGCAAUGAGUGGAAGGACAGCCUACAACAUGCACAGCAGGAAGAUUCGGACAUUAAGCCGAUUCUGGAAUGGAUGAAGGCCAGUGCUCCUAAGCCCAAGUGGAGCGACGUCUCAGCAAUGAGUUCGACCACGAAAAGCUAUUGGGCCCAAUGGGACAGCUUGCUGAUUCAGGAUGGAGUCCUGUGCCGUAAAUGGGAAAAUGGUCGGGGAGACAGGUGUCAUUUGCAAAUGGUUGUCCAUAAGGCUAAAGUGCCGGAUAUUCUACAGCUGUACCAUAAUGAUUGUUCAGGAGGCCACCUGGGAGUUAAACGAACUCUCCUGAAGAUCCGAGAACGGUUUUACUGGGUCCACUGUCGUGACGAUGUCGAGGACUGGUGCCGCAAAUGUACAAGUUGUGCGGCUGUAAAGGGACCUCAAAUUCGUAGUAGAGGCGCAUUGAAAUUGUACAAUGUUGGUGCACCAUGGGAGAGGAUAGCCAUUGACGUUGCGGGGCCGUUUCCAGAAACUGAAAGUGGUAACAAGUAUUUCAUGGUCAUGAUGGAUUACUUCACUAAGUGGCCAGAAGUCUUCGCCAUUCCAAAUCAAGAAGCUUCAACCGUUGCAGAUAAACUAGUUCAUGAAGUCUUCUGUCGUUUUGGAGUACCUUUAGAGAUUCACAGUGAUCAAGGAAGGAAUUUUGAGUCUCAAAUAUUCCAGGAAACUUGCCGAGUUAUGGGUACUCAGAAAACACGAACAACUUCUUACCACCCACAAUCUGAUGGAAUGGUAGAAAGAUUUAAUCAGACAUUGGAGAGGUACCUAGCAAAAGUUGUGGAAAAACGGCAACGAGACUGGGACAGGCACAUACAACCGUUUUUGUUGUCACAUCGAAGCGCUGUUCACGAAAGUACAUCAGUGACACCAGCUUUCGUAAACUUUGGGAGAGAAUUGCGGCUGCCUGCAGACCUGAUCACUGGAAUACCACCUGAUGCCCCACGCAGUAUAACCGAUUAUGCAAAUGACUUGCGGAACAAAAUGAAUGACAUUUAUGAGCACGUCAGACAGACGUCUGAGAAGAUGAAAACACGUUAUGACCGCAAAAUGAACAACAAGGGGUUUGAUGAAGGUUCACUAGUGUGGUUACACAAUCCAGUUCGCAGCAAAGUGAAAUCUCCUAAGCUUCAAGCUAAAUGGGACGGACCGUACCGGAUUGUGACAAGGAUCAAUGACGUAACCUACCGGAUACAAAAAGGUGCCAGAGGUACUCCUAAGAUUGUCCAUGUGGAUCGACUGGCGCGUUAUUAUGGGGCCAAUAAUGCUCGGGACGAGCAUGUCUUAGGAGGGGGCAGUGUUACGCGCCACUAUUAA